AUGAGACCCACGUUACCAAGCCUAGUCAAUAUUCUCGUACCCGUAAAAAGGUCAAUCGAUUAUGCUGUGAAAAUCAGAGUUGCAUCUGAUGGUAAAGGUGUUGAUACCAAUGUCAAGCAUUCGAUGAACCCUUUUGAUGAGAUUGCUGUUGAAGAAGCGAUUCGACUUCGAGAGAAAAAGCCAUCAGUAGUGACGUCCAUUACAGCAUUAUCGAUUGGACCACCUAAAGCAGUGGAUACGAUUAGGACAGCGUUGGCCAUGGGUGCAGAUUCUGGUAUACAUAUCACUGUUCCUGAAAAUACUGUUGUUGAACCCAUUAGUGUCGCCAACGCAAUCAAGAAGAUCAUCCAAGACAAGAAAUUCGAUUUGGUCAUAAUGGGUAAACAAGCUAUUGAUGAUGAUUCAGGUUCAACAGGUGGAAUGUUGGCCGGUUUAUUAGGUUGGGGUCAAGGUUCUUUCGCAUCAAAAUUAACUAUUGAACAAGAUGGUAAAGUUAAUGUUACAAGAGAAAUCGAUGGUGGUUUGGAAAUUAUCGAAAGUAAAUUACCAAUGAUCGUCACCACUGAUCUCAGAUUGAAUGAACCUCGAUAUGCUUCUUUGCCAAAUAUCAUGAAAGCUAAGAAGAAGAAGAUCGAGACUUUCAAACCUGAAGAUUUAGGUCUUGACUUUACACCACGAUUCGAGACUAUCUCAGUUUCUGAACCUGCCAAAAGACAAGGUGGUGGAAAGGUCGGAUCUGUUGACGAACUCGUAGCUAAGAUGAAAGAAGCUGGUAUCAUUUAG